AUGAGAUUUGAAUGGUUCGUAGCCUCCCGCUACCUACGCUCACGGCGCAAACAAUCCUUUAUUUCAAUUAUCAGUAUUAUUUCCAUUGGCGGUGUCGCGCUUGGUGUAGCAACAGUGAUACUCGUAAGUGCUAUAUUAGAUGGCGUUGAACAGGGGUUGAAGGAUAGGUUCCUCGCAAAUGAGGCACAUGUUGUCUUCCGGUUACACGAUAACAGUUUCUUUGAUGAUUACCAAAAACGUAUUUCACAAAUUGAGACCAUUGAUGAAGUCGUAGCGACAUCACCCGUUGUUUGGGCACAGAGUGCUGUUCUUCGAGAGCGCAGCGAUACCAUUCAGGACGUAAUUUACAUCAAGGGCAUCGAUCCAGUUCAGGAAGACAAAGUCACCGGUUUCUCAAAAUUUGUGGACGGCUCAACUGAGUUACAAGACUCACAGUAUAUUGAAGACGCUCGCCUCAUCAGAGAUGAAACCAUCACAGGUGGGAUUGUACUCGGAGGACGUUUGGCAGCCCGCCUCGGUGUCAUUAAAGGUGACAUGCUGCGACUUAUCGUGAAUCUUGCGAAACACCCCGUAAACGAGUCAAUGCUCAUACCAGACUUGGCGAGCUUCGUUGUGAUCGGGUUCUAUGAGUCCGAGUUGGCGGUUUAUGACAACAACUUCGGGUUUAUUCAUUUAGAAGCCGCUCAAAAGAUGUAUAAUAAAAAGAAUCAAGUCAAUACGAUUUUCGUUCGACUAACCGAUGCGGAAUUAGCACCUCGGAUCGCCAGACGGAUUGAGGAUAAAGUUCAGUUCUCCGUCUUAGAAGGAAUGCCGGAUGCCAGAACGUGGAUGGAGAUGCAGGCACCACUCUUCUCAGCACUUCGAUUGGAAAAGAUAGCAACUGUCAUUAUUGAAGCACUUAUCAUCCUGGUCGCAUCCUUCAAUAUUGCAAGCACACUGAUCAUGACCGUGAUGGAAAAGACAAAAGAUGUCGGGACCCUACGGACACUCGGAGGACAUCUAAUUAUGAGUGCGCCAAAAAACGUUCUGAUUCUGAUAAGUCUAUUCAUUGGAUUUGCGGCGAUCACGGUUUUCGCAGAAGAAACAGAAAAACCCACACUUGGUCCGCAGGUAGCUACUAUCGAACAGCAGAUGGAAGCUGAGACUGAUAAAGAUACCACAGCAGACACCACCAAACCCGCUGGCGAUGCGAUGCUUCUCGUCAAGAAAAUCUCUUUUGAAGGCGUGAAAACUUCCUCCGAAGAUAUGCUGCGCACCCUUAUUCAGACACAGGUUGGGCAGGAAGUCUCUGAAGAACUUCUUACACAAGAUGUGAAAAGCCUCUUCAAAGACACAGGCUUCUUCUCCGAACUCACAGUAGAUGUAGAACCCGUUGAAACCGGUGGAUUAGAAGUCAUUUACAAGGUCGUCGAAAAUCCUAAAAUCUCCGGAAUUAACAUUAUUGGAAACGAAAAUUUAAAUACCGGCAAACUUAAGGAUGAGAUUACACUCCGCCCUUCAGAAAUUUAUAGCGACCGACGACGGUGGGAAAGUGAGCGAGCCCUACAGAAACUUUAUCACGAAAAGGGAUACUAUCUUGUCGGUAUCCAAACCCAUAUCGGAGAUAAAGACGAAGAGGCGAAUACCAUCCAAGUCACGUUUGAGAUAAACGAAGGGCCGAGAGUGCGAAUUGAGGAAAUCAACUUUAUUGGAAAUACACAAAUCUCCGGGAAUACCAUACAGAAAAAACUCAAAACCCGCACCGGUAAACCCUUCGAUCAGAUGUUGUUUGAGGAAGAAGACUUAUCUCUAAACAUCCGAAAUUAUUAUCAGGAUCAAGGCUUUUCCCAGGUGAAAGUCAUCGGCUACGAAAAACGGUUCACAGAAGACAAGACCGGCUUAAUACUUGACAUUACUGUUGAUGAAGGUCCCGAAUUUAUUAUCGGAACCUACACACUUGAAGUGGAAGCCGGUGCUAAGAACCUCUUCUCUGAAAAGAAGAUACGCGGGAUGCUCGACCCUGCGGAAGGUGAGGUUUUUAACCGUGCCACCUUCGACGAAUCAAUCGCAAAGUUACAGCAGGCUUAUCUCGAUAAAGGUUACCUACUUUCAGAAGUCCUACCGACCCCCACUUUCAAUGAAGUGGAUGGCGUGGUUGACAUCACCUUGGGAAUCAACGAAGGAGAUGUCAUAAUUAUCGACAAGGUAAUCAUUACCGGGUUAGAAAAAACGAAAGAACACGUCGUUAAACGUGAGUUGGAUUUUUUGGGCAUCGAGUCGGACGAGUUAUUAGAUGUCAAAGCACUGCGCAAAGCGCGGCAACGUUUGUUCCAGAUGGGUUCUUUUAUUCGUGCUGUUGAUUUUGUCCCAAGUGAUACCCCCGAAGAGAACCGAAAGGAGUUAAGAGUUAAUAUUGCGGAAACACCGCGAACAGGAAUGCUGAGUCUCGGAGGUGGGUACGGCAGUGAAGGCGGUAUCUUCGGUGUCGCAGAGGUGGGACAAAACAACUUUCGUGGACAAGCGUAUCGGGUCCACUUAAAAGGCGAGUUAGGCACAAGGGAUCACCAUACCGCCGAACUCAGUUUUGGAACCCCUUGGGUUUUGGGAACACCAACCCGGCUUAAUGCCCGGAUCUACGACAACCGCCGCUUCCGCCGCUAUUAUGGAACGGUCGGUGCCCUCCUUAAUCGUCAGAUAGGAGGUAACUACUUAUACGACCGAUACGUUUGGGCGAGACGAGGUGCGUCUCUAACGCUCGGAAGACCCAUUGCCCAUGAUAUUGAUCUGUCCGUCCGCUUUCGGAACGAACAUGUGGAAUCACACAACCCGGAUAGGGAAAUAUACAAUCGCUCCACGCGAAGUAUUCUGUUUUCCCUUGGAAGGGAUACCCGCGAUUAUCGCACCUCCUUGUUUGACCCAACAGCAGGUUCAUUCCAUACACUCUCUUAUGAAUACUCCGGCGGUAUUUUGGGAGCGGACAAUAAAUUCCAGAAAUAUUAUGCUGACUCGAGUUUGUUCUACAGUGGAUGGUGGAACCACGUCAUUGCUGCGCAUGUCCGCGCAGGUAUCAUGCGCAGUGACAGCACCGAUGCUUAUUUCCUGUUCUAUGAACGCUUUUUCCUCGGCGGUGUAGAUAGUAUUCGUGGUUACGAAGAUUGGGAAAUCUAUCCCGAUCCAGAUGCAACGGGUUUUAUCAAUCCGUACGGCGGUGAUAAGGUAUUCUUUGCAAACUUUGAGUAUCGUGUCCCAAUUUCUCAGCAACUCACAGCAGCACUAUUUUUUGACAUAGGGCAGGUGUGGGAUGAAAAGACUACAAACGUCUUCAGCGAAAUCAACAUGAAAAGAGGUCUCGGUCUUGAGGCACGGUUUACCAUGCUCGGCAUUUCGGGAAGUAUCGGGCAGGAAUCUUUCAAAAUCGGUGUCGUGAACACGCAACAGGUUUUGGAAGGAUCCCAAAAAGCGACGGAUGCAACCGAACUGCUCCAAGCGGCAAGCGAACGCUUGAAAACGAAGUUACAGCGGUUGGUGGAUGAGAUCAGAACCCUACAAGAAAAGAAGGCAAAAACCGAACUCUUCGUGGAAAAGGCGCAGACCGCGGAUUUGGAUAACGAAAUCCGCCUCAAACAGCAGGAAUACCAGCGUGAGGCCGAAAUAGGACAGCAGGCACUGCUUGAAAAAGAGCAAGAGUUGAUGGAACCGAUUUACAACAACCUUCAAGAAGUGAUUAUCAAAGUCGGUGAGUCCGAAGAUUUUGACAUCAUCCUCGAAAAACGACUCAUCACACUUUAUGUGAAAAAGGAAUAUGAUUUGACACAACAGUUAAUCGGCUUGAUGAACGAAAGCUCCGAAUAA